AUGCUGCAGAACCCUGUCACCUCCACGCCCUUCUCCGUCAAUGACAUCCUGAGACUAGAGCGCGAACAAGUUGGCCUUGAGGCCUUGCAACUCCGGGGGCCACCGAGGAGCCCCGAAAGCUCUCAGUUUAUGCAACUGGUGCCAGAGCCGCGGGGGUCGGAGGUUCACAGCGCCGGUGGCCUCGGCGGCGGAGAGAGAAGGCAGAGCGGGUCGGAGCCUCCCGGGGAUCCCAGCGAGCUGGCCGCGGAGAUGGACGCGGAGCGGGUGGAUCGGCACUUGGAGACUUAUCUGUUGGACUGUGAAAACACUUCGGGCUCCUCGCCGAGCCUUCCCCAGGCCCCCAAGCAGCCGCAGAAGCGCUCUCGGGCCGCCUUCUCCCACUCUCAGGUCAUUGAGCUAGAGAGGAAGUUCAGCCACCAGAAGUACCUGUCAGCCCCUGAAAGGGCUCACCUGGCCAAGAACCUGAAGCUCACCGAGACCCAAGUGAAAAUAUGGUUCCAGAACAGACGCUAUAAGACCAAGCGGAAGCAGCUCACCUCGGACCUGGGCGGCCUGGAGAAGCACCCCUCCUUGCCAGCCCUGAAAGACGAGGGCUUCUCCCGGGCCGCCCUCAUCUCCGUGUACAACAGCUAUCCUCACUACCCCUACCUGUACUGCUUGGGGGGCUGGAGCCCAGCUUUCUGGUAACGC